AUGCUAAAUGAACGUUCUAAUCUUAGUCAUUUUAAUACUAUGUUAAAAGAACACCAGCUUUCAAACUCGUACUUAUUUUUUAAUUUUACGGGAGUGUCAGCCUCAGCUUUUGAAGAGCUUAUGAUUAUAGUUGGUCCUGAUCUUCAACGUUCACCUUCAAGGCCUGAUGUUUUAUGUGUUGGAGAAAUUGUAGGAGCCACAUUAAGGUAUUUAGCCACUGGUGAAAGUAUGGUCGACAUUAUGUUUAAUUUCCGUAUCGGCAAAUCAACAGUUUCUACCUUUUUGGUACCACCUGAACUACCACUUGCACUUGGUUUUUUUUCUCUUGUGUACCUUUCUCUAAUAUACUUAAAGGUACAUUUUUAA